UGCCCAUCUCUAGCCCUGUGCCCCCAUCCCUAUUCUGGAAACAGACAAAUUUUUAAUUAUAAUUUAUCAAUAGUGAACAGUUCUAUGUCUUGUAUUUUUGGUAAGGAAGAAAAUUAUGAGAGUUAUAAAGGGUCUAGUGAAUUGAAUAGAAACUGUGAAGACUUUAGUGAAUCAAAUAAAAACUUUAAAGGGUCUAGUAAAUUGAAUAAGAAUUAA